AAAUCAUCUGUAGUUUGUUUGGUUCAGACUUCGCUCAGACGCUCACCUCAGCACGUUUUGCGAAUUUUAACUCAAAAGGAGGAAUCUGUGCUAAGCGUUUUUUUCUCCUAUCGUUGGUAAUAUUUUUCAUCGCGUCAAACAAUGGCCGUGCAAGUGAAGCUCUACAUUGAACCUGAGGGCGAAAUCCGCCGUUUCAAUUUGGAAGCCAACACCAACUACGCUGCGCUGGAGCAACGUGUUCGCCAUCUCGUUGGCCGCGAUAACUUUCGCCUGUUUUGGCAAGAUUCGGAAGGCGACUUUGUUGUGUGUGGCUCCGACGAUGAACUGAAGGAUGCCCGUGAGUCGCGCGCCAACGGGGCCCCGCUGCGCGUCUACCUGCGCCCGACCAACAAGCCGUCCAACGCGGACGAGCCCAAGGCUGUGCACCGUCAGGUGACGUGCGACGGAUGCCAGGGCGAGGUGGCCGGCACCCGCUACAAGUGCAUGGAGUGCCCGGAUUACGAUCUGUGCGAGAAGUGCAUGAGCGAGGGCAAGCAUCCCGAACACGACAUGCUGGCUGUGCGCACUCCACGCACCCACGAAUGGAAGAAGCUGUUUGCGCAUGGAUACGGCACUCGCGAAGGCCAUCGCGGUCACCGUCAUCACGGCUGUGGUCCGCGCUCAGCGCGUGGCCCAUGCGGGAUGCCCGGCAUGGUCCCACCACCAACCAUGCCCGGAGCUCCCCCGACCAUGCCACCGCCCUACAUGCCGCCCUUCAACGGUGUCCCGCCCUUUGUUCCGCCGUUUUUCCGCCACAUGAUGAACCGCGGACAGGGCCCGGUCGACCAGACCGUGGAGAUGGACAUCAACAUCGACCGUCCACUACACGAGGUCAUCAGCGAUGUGGCUAGGAAGGUAACUGAAGCCAUGAACGUCGCCCAGCAGGCGGCUCAAGAAGCCACCGCCGCUGCUGCGCCGGCGGCGGAGAACAAAGAGGAGGAGAAGAAGGAAGAUGAGCCGGUCAACGUGACGGCCACACCGGUCGCCGAACCGGUGACCAUGGUGGCGGAGACGGUGGUGCAGGAUGCUGAGCCACAGGUCAGCCAGGAAGUGGAAGGCGGAUGGACGCAUCUGCAGGCUGAGCCCGUGGAGACCGAAGAGAAGAAGGAAUUCCAGCAGGCGACGCCGGAUAACCAGGCGCCGACGCCAACACAGCCACAGGGUGAAGGGCGCAUUGAAGCGGCACUGCACGCUAUGGAAGAUAUGGGAUUUCGCAAUGAGGGAAAUCUGCUGCGACGUCUGCUGACUAACUACAACGGAGACAUUUCGCGCGUUCUGGACUCCAUCAAAUAAUCCAUCAUCAGCAAAUGUGGCUUUCUCUGCUUUUGCUUCGCAGUUCGCCAUAUUGAUAACUGCUUGUUGUACUAUAUUGUAUUAUACUCCUUAUCAGUGACUAGUUGCAUAAUCGCUAAAUGUCCAAGCAUUCUUCAUCUUUCUUUCGCCAUCCUCCUAUCGCGCAGUAAAUAACUGAAUCUGAGCUAUUUUACUUGUGUCCACGGUUGAGUGGCGUGACCCGCUGCGCAAAUAUUUUGCCUACUUUUGUUUGCUACCGCAGUGCAAUUAAAAUCAGAAAAUGUUA